AACGUCAUCCAAUCAGAUUGUUCUCGGUCAUUUAAUCAGUUGCAGUUUGUGCGAUGUAGAGCUGUCUUUUGUUCAUCAAACAGUGAAGUCGGUCUGUGCACGAGAAAUCGUAUUGCUUUGCCGUUAUGGAGACCCCACAAAACUCUUUAAACAUCACCUUUCAGGACGAUAAAGAAAUACAGGAUUUGUUAAAACAACUCAAGGAUGCCAAAACUGAACUACAGCUUACCAAAGACGAGGUGGAGCAAGUAAACAAAGAUGUUAACAAAUGCAGAGAGGAGAUGGACCGGAGGAUGAUGAUGAUGGUGCAGAUGGAUGAAGGCCUGUGGAAGAAAAGCCUUGGCAAUCAGCUAGAAGAAUUAACUUUAUCUAGUACCAUAGAGACGAAGCAAGCUCUUCUGAGAAGUUUGCAGGAGGAGGAAAGCAGCCUGCUGGAGCAGGAGUGUGAUCUGAAGCUCAGACGCGAGCAGCUGAGGAAAGCACUGGUGGAUGCUUCUGCAAACUCAGAGGAAGUUUCACAGGGUGAGAAUCCAGUUAAACCAGGCUCAUCCAGCCAGAGUAAGUGUACAGAAAAGCCAGUGAGAAAAAGAAGAACACGGAAGUGAUCACAUCAAUUUUUAUUAUAUUUAGUACAACCAAGCUGCAAUAAACAUGGAAAAUAUGGUAA